AUGCCUUCUGUACCCAACGAGAGUUUAGCAGGAGGGCCCCAGAGAACCACAGAAUGGGAGUCCCUCCUCCCAGAGUCUCAGCGAGGUUCUGCUCCCAUCCUCCUGACUUUCGACGAGUUCGUGACCAUCUUUCAGAAAGCGCUGGACACUGUCGGCGCCAGAGAGGUUCAGUUCUCCCCUUCACGGACGUCCGUCACGUUUCGGACAGAUACACCCGAGGACCGAUACGCAGUGCAUAUGGACGCGAACAUCGCCAGCUUAUACGGCAAAAGGAAGUUUCUGAACGCCGAGAACUGCCUCGCAGCAUGCAUACGCUGCCUUCAGAGCAGCAUGCGUUACUCACAGCCGGCUGAGCCUAGAGAGUCGCCCCCGGAAAACCUCUUCCUGACCGUCAAGACGCAUGAAUUCAUCCUCCUGCGGAACGAGGAGUUUCAGCGCCCGUCCCGCCCGCGCGCGGGACUCGACCGCGUCAUGUUCCGCCCGUUCAGCCGGAAUUCCGGCGAGCUGUACACCGGGCUGGUGGUCGGCCUGGAGAACGAAGGCUCCUACUCGGACAUCUGGGUCCCUUCCCGGCAGCUUGACACGUGGAACGUGACGGAGGACGAAGCGUUCGACUUGGCGCUCAAGAACAUCGACGUCAUCACGCCCGAGAAGCUCAACUACUUUCGCAUCGGUUCCUUGGAGGAUCUGAAAACAUCCGAGGAAGCGAGACGGAAGGAUUUCAUCUUCAUUGAGCAUAUGCAUUUCCACUCCCAGUUCAGCAACGGCACGCUCUCGGUGGUGUGCCGUGACAGCAGGGCACUCCCCCGCUUGCUUUUGCCCCGGGUGGUCGAACAGCUUGCCAACAUUCUGAAUUGCAAUCCGGUGUCUCUGGUGAUCGUUCCGUUUGAAGAUGAGAACUUCGUGGUGGGAAACGCGGAAGACCGGAUCUCGAUGCUGCUGUUGGCGGUCCACCAGACGCUGCCGUUCUGCCAAGGGGACAACCCGCACGUGCAGCACAAGGUGUCGUGGAACCCGUUCAGAUUUACCAAGCUGCGCAACGAGAAGGGCCUGGUGGAGCUGGAGCCGUACCUGGUGAAUGGCGGCCGCUUCGCGGUGAAGCUGUGGGUCGGCGACAAGCAGACGGUCUUCUACCCCAUGCCCCGCACCAAGGACGACAUCGCCGCGGUGGAAGACCUCGUGUGGCGACCUUACAAAGCCAAAUUCACCGUGCUGAGCGAGAGUACCUUCCUGAACGGACACUGCUGGCAGUGUCGCAAGCGCUUCGACAAGCUCGAGACGUGCGCAAACUGCAGAAAGGCCAAGUAUUGUUCGCGGAAUUGCCAGAAGAGGGCGUGGGGCGCGGGGCACAAUGUCAACUGUGAAGAGCGGCGGCGCUUCUGGAAAGCAGCCAAGAUGUGUCGGCCACCUAAGACCUCGAAGAAACCAUGA